UACUGUCAUAAGUCAUUUUAGAAUCAAACUGCGUUUCAAUCUACCGCGUCCUGUUGUAAGAUUUCUUUGUUUUUAUUUUCUAAAUAAAUGUAACAAAACUGUAUAAUAAUUUAUUUUCGUCAUGAAGAAAGGAUAUAAAGUAACUGAUGUAAAAAGGGAGAAGAAAAUAGGUGUAGCUGCUGAAAAUGUGGAAGAGCUGAUCGCGAAAUCAUGUAAAAAGUUAGGGUUCAAUGUCAGCUGCGCGGAUUGCCGGCUCUUCGUCGCGGAGGACGGGACGCAAGUGGAUGACGACGACUAUUUGGCUACACUGCCUCCACAGACACUCUUCAUAUUAUUGAAAAACACUGAAAAAAUGGUUACUGACUUUGACUACUACUAUGAAAUGAUCCGGUCACAGAAGAAGGAGUACAUUGACACAGGGGCUGCAGCCAAAGAGUUCCUCAGCACCAACCUCAAGGAGAAGUUCAAGGUGUUCCAGAAGUACAUUGCAGCUGGUGAUGAUGCCAAGACCAUGCUCAGUGAGAGGGCACAGGAUCCCGGCUGGUUUGAAGGAUUAGAACCAUCAGAGAAAACAAAAGAACAGUCGAUGGCGAAACGCGUGAAGGAACGGAUGCGGGGUUACUACUACAAGACCAAGACUGCUUUACAGUCGUCCGACAUUUACAUACACUCGAAGAAUGGACGAGGUAAGAAACUCAUUGACCAGUUCCUGACUGAUCUGCGCAACAUACUUGACUCCCAUAAGUACAAUGAGACAUAUUUCAAUCGCAAAGCCAAUAAAACCGCUCGUAUAUGCGACGAACGAGGUGUCUUCCAAUGUGGCGGCCUCUGGAGUGCAGACAAAUGUCUCUAUGAAGGCGAACACGUCAUCAACCCAUACCGGAGCCGCGAAGAACGCAUCAUAUUCCAAACUUGGAAUCUCGACCAUAAGAUUGAGCUCUCAAGAUCUAUAAUCCCGAAAAUUUUACAAGCAAUUGACGGGUUGUAUAGCGGUGAUAUUAAGUGUAUGUUAUGUGAUAAAGGUUCGAAGGUGGGUGGGAUCGAAGCCGAUAGGUAUUUCCUGCAAAUAUUCACGCGGGAGAACCUGAAGCUGGUGCACAUCGUGUGCCACUAUAAGGGGAAGCAUGAUGCAGAGUCUGGUGUUUACACCCUCUGUAAGAAAUGCUAUGGAGGCCAAAGCAUUGAGUAUAAUUAAAUGCCAAAUUUUUAAUACUGCGAUUUUUGUUAACUCGCAACUUUAGUUUGUUGAGGCUGUAUUAUUGUUAUAUGCUUUUCCAAGUUAUAUUUCCAUGUCAACAAACAAUCCAGUAUACAAUGGAAUCUCAUUGAGUUUAUAUAUAGAGUUUAUCCUAAUCAGAUUUAUAGUUUUAAAUAUGUUUUAUUAUUUAAAUCAUUAUUUUGAGAUAUGCUUCUAUGAUUCAUCUAAAUGGUUAUUAGAAAAAAUGUUAAAAUAUUUUACAUUCCCUAAAAAAAUAUAUUAAAUCAUGAAUUGAUUAUUUAAUUAUUAUAGAGAAUAUAUUUAGCAAUGAAACGGCUAUGUUCACUAGAGAUCAUGUAGUCUUUGUACAUAAUUGUUGUUCCUUUUAUAAACAAUUUAAAACUUUUUAUUGUUAAUAUUUACCCAGAGUAGGCAUUUCUAUUCCUUAAAUUGAUCUCCUUGCCCUUCAUUACAUAUUGUAAGCGUUAUACACCUUUAAUAAAAUAAUUAUUGAAUUUAUUUUUAACCAAAAAGUACGUAAUUUUGUGUGGUAACUCAGCCAUGAUAAUGUUGAUGGUAAUAAUUGUUAACUUUAUUGUGUUUAACAUAAAGUGUAUAUUUGUUUAAAUGUUUCUAUGAGAGCUUAGAAGUAUGAACAAUUCUGUGGUAUUUAGUUUUACUUGGUAUAAUAAUUUAAUUGAUUUUAGGUGCUAUUUUUUUAAAUUUUUACACAUACUGUAUUUUUUAUAAACUAUGUUUAUUUUUUUGUAACUGUUACACACAGUUUCUUUCUUCAUUUAAAUAUUGUUCUAUACAGGAUUUUUGACAUAGAACCUCAUUAUAAAUACAGGGUUGUUAGAUAGCCAUAAACAAUAUUUUGUGAAAAUUAAUAAAAUACAGAUGCGUCCCUUUGUGACACGAUAAUAAGAAAAUUAAAACUAAAUCUUUGGCUUGAACAUAAGUAAAAUGGAAACUAUAUAAAACAAUGCAUUUUUAAACAUUCUUCCUGAUUCGUUUAUCGCGGCAUUUUUCUUCAACGUUGUUCUGACGUCACGUAGUAACGUGUGCUAGGGUUGCUGUCUCUAAAAAUGUAAACUUUUCAUAAAGACGGCUUGGAAAGGGAAUUUUCAAAAUGUUAUCUAAGAAAGCUGUAAUGUUAUUUAUAUAAGGCAAAGCAAAAUUCGUUUUUAAAACGGCUAAUGUUAUCUAGAUCAGUUUCCUUUUGUGGGGUCCAGUUUAUGACGUAAAUGUAACCUGUCAGGCUUAACUGGUCUAGAAUGAAGUUGUCUGUUGCAACCAACAGAUGGUGCUAAAAGAGAAUUGACCGUUGCUUUGUCGGUAGCCAAAUUAUUUUGAACAUUAUUUUAAUUGACUGAUUCGGUACAUGGUACCAUACUAUCGAAUUUUUUAGAGCAUGUUUGUAUUGCUUAAAUUAUUAUUGUUGCGUAAAAAUCGUUUGUGAUUUUUUGUAUUAUUUUGGAUUCCAAUAUAAUUGUAAUCUUAGAUAGGAUUUAUGAAAUGGUAUGGGGGGUCUUUCCACUGUUUUAUACGGAACCAUAGGUAAGUUUAUCUUUAGACCAAAGCCACACGAAAUUGAACUUAAUAGUUUACGAAGAAAAUGCUAUAAUCCCAGUAUCAUAUAGAUCAAUUUUAAAUUUUUGUAUUGGAUCAUAAACCAGUGGAAAGGUCUCUCAAGGUUGUGUAAAGAGUAAUGUGUCGAAUUUUCUUAAUAAUUUAUUGUAAUCACUGUCUUCUUUAUUAUUGAGACAGCUCUUUAUCUCUCCUAUUCUAUCUUAAGCUAAACAUAUUUUUCCAUUGUUCUACUCUAUGCUAAAGUCAGCUACACAAUUGUCAAAUGUUUGAUGAUUGUGCAGCGGACAUGUUUAAUGAAUAAGUAUAAUAAAUUAUAUCAGAAAUCCUAUUUUGUGACAAUCGUUUACCAACUUGUUUAGAUAGAUAUUAGUGGAUAGAGAUGAAUAGCAAUAUUAAUGUGUAAGCGGUAGUGCCAUAUUGAUUUGAGAUGGAUAAUGGACAUAAGGUUCGAAAUUAUAACGUAUUUUUUUAUUUCGUCAUAUAAGAUAACAAUACUUAGAUGAAACAAAUCAAAGUUUAGGUGUGGGAGCAAAUACGUCAUUUCUACGUAUAAAACUUACAUAAAUUAACAUCAACGAAGAUAUUUCAAAUCAGUGUAUCUUCGAAAGUAUUUGUUUCUGUAAGAAAAUAAAAAUAUGUGUCUAAAUCUGUUUUAAAGUAAUCUACAUGGUCAUGUACCCUAUUCAAUAAUAAGAUUAAUAAGAAAAAAUGCCAAAUAGACCAUUAUCCGUCGUCAAAUCAAUGUAGUGUAGAGUAGACAAAUAUUAUAAUUAGAAAUAGUGUAAGGUUUACUUCAUAGAGUUUAUAUAAAUUAACUGUUCAUUGGUUGCGACGCAAGGCUUUUAGAAUAACUAAAUUCGAGUUCCCUAGUAGCGUUAUUAUUGCUGCUCGGGAGCCAAAGGCGCUUCAAUUUAAAAGCUUUAAUAUACUUAUACUGCCUUCAUAGUCUUGUCGUUGCAACCAUUCAAAUGUUUACUGGAAAUGAGAUCCAAGAUGUAUCUGGACAACAUGUUAUAAGAACUUAAAAUUAUUAAAAUUAUUGUUUAAUACUCAACUAUACAACAGUCUGUGUUUAUGGCAAUAAGGUGUUUUUCCUACUAGAUGGCGCUAGUAAAGCUCAAUGUCAACACUAACAAUACAUUAAAUCUUAGCUUUUAUUCCGCUUGUGGAUGUAAUGAACACCACACUCGGCGGUUCCCGCAGGUCGAAUAUGAUUGUUUCGAACUGCGGGAGCCGCCGAGUCGAUAUCUCCUGAAAACGCUCUGUGGAGGAGCGAAACCUGUCGAGUGUUUUGUUGCGGGUCGUGUGUGUUCGCCUGAUUUUAUUCUCAAUAUCAUAUCAUUACCAGCGAAAUUAACGUUUAACAAUGUCUUUUCCUUAUGCUCUACCAACGCCUCUAGUGAGGCCAAAACCUUCAUUGCUCUUAUUAAACUUUUUAAUCUAUUUUCAACUUUACAUCAUUGUAAUAAGGUAGAAAAUCGAUUGAGAUUGGCUUAUGAAAGAACAAUAAAAAAUACGUACAUAAUAUGUGAAAUACUGUCGUAUGAAGUAAGCUGUUACACUAGUAGAAGCUUCCAUAUAUUAGCUUAAUAUAUUAGAUCGUUGUUUGCGUAGUGUAGCGUUGUGUAGAGUUCUUGAUAUACAGUAUUGAUUGAUAUACCUUCUCCUUUGCCUAAGUAGUGUAUGUAGCGAUGUAAGGACGAUAUCAUUAUAUUUAAAUACAUAGCACACUGGUACAAAACUUGUAGGUAUAUACUGCACAUGUUGAUGUUAGAACCUGCUGUAGGUAUAUACCUUUAUUUUAUUACUUGUAAAUGCCUUAGGCAUCUGUGUUAUUAAUUGAUAUUUAUGGCACAUAUUUUCAGUUACAAAAUCAUGUGACUGUUUACACAUUAAUAUAUUUUUUUAAACUGAACUAAUAGUCAAUAGCAACACUGUAUGUAACAAUGUAGCUUAGUGUAAACUCACAUAGAAACUAAGGAACUGUCCCAGUUGUCCGUUGCCAAAAGAAUGCUUUAUUUUUUGGAUGGAUUUUCACCACUACAUAAGUAAAAAGCCAAAUAGUUUUUGUAAAUAGAUAAUGUUGUGUGUUUGUUUGUCACAUGUGCAGUUUUAAUCAACGUUUCUAAGUAGAUUGUCUAUAAAUCUGUAAACUACAUAGUGUCCGAAAGGAAUUGUAAAAAAGUACUAGUCUAUGAAUUUUGUUGAAAGAAAUAAAAUCAUGUAAAAAGGUU